UGUUUGAUUCGCGCCAAAGCGGCAAGAUUGUGAAAUUCGUUAAAAUAUUGCGUUUUUCUCUAAAAACAAGGUUUUUUUUACAAUGGUUCCGCCAAUUUCUCGCAAUUGUGGCAUAAUUGAAACUCCCCUGGGUGAGAUGUUGGCUACUGUAAGUGUGGGCAAUCGUCUGGAGAAGCUGGAAUUUCGUGACAGGGUGGAAGACAGCAUUGCAGCGAGUGGUUUCGAUGUAGCUGAACUAAUGAAAAACACCAAGAAGCACCCGAUUUUGCUACAAGUUCAACAGGAAAUGAACGAAUACUUUGCAGGGAAGAGACAAAAGUUCAAUGUGCCACUUGUGGAUGAUAAUCACCAUCUACUGGCCAUUCCGUAUGGGGAAACAUGGACAUACCAGGAACUGGCAAAUUAUAUGGGAAAGCCAAAGGGAGCCCGGUAUGCUGGAUAUGUAUGCAAGACCAAUAAUGUUUGCAUCAUCAUCCCAUGUCACCGAGUAGUGGCCAAGAGUGGUGUGGUCAACUAUGGAGCUGGUCCAGGAAGGAAGAUCUUCCUGCUUGAUCUCGAGGCCAAGGUCACAGAAGACAAACUCAAGAAACUCAAGUAGAAACCAUAAAUUUUUCAUAAUCCCUCUUUUCGGUACCUUUCCUACCUCAUAGAAUUUAUUAUUACAUAUUAUGAAUUACAUAAAGCGUUUGAAUUAAAUAUAAUUUUUUUUUCUUAUAAAACCUC